AUGUCUCGGCGAACAAUUUCUUUCCUGUGGGGGUACCAUAACCAAGAAAAACGUGAGAAGGAGGCUUUUGAUGCUAAGGAGCGUGAUCCGCUGCGUGUUCCCUCCAAACUUGAUCGCACUCGCAAUGAGAUCACGACGCAGACAUACACAUACGAUGGACUCAGCAGAGGAUCCUCGUCGCUGCGGCUCAUGGAAAUUCUUCCCGGCACCAGGCAAGAAGAUUUAGCAUGUCGCUUAUACGAAACUACGCUGGACGAAUCUACAGGCUCCUAUGCGGCAUUAAGCUACGUAUGGGGUGAUGGGGCGGAAACCACUCCUAUCCAGAUCAACAACAAGACUAUGGAUAUCGGUAUCAAUCUGAGGACAGCCUUGUUCAACUUGCGUGAUUUGAGGGAUCCCAUCACUUUGUGGGCAGAUGCCAUAUGUAUCAAUCAAGGAGAUGUGAAGGAGUGUAGUCAGCAGGUGGUCAUCAUGGGCGAAAUCUAUCGUCGGGCAACGAAAACAAUAAUAUGGCUACGAGAUCAAGUAGAAGGAGAGACGGAAAGAGCCUUUGAUUUGCUGCACAAACUGGCCGCUCACGCCGAAGCGCAUCGCAAGAAGCAUAGUUCCUCUCGUGCUGAACGACCCAGCGAUCCGGAAAACAUGAUACACCUUGCAAACCAUCCACUAUCACUUUUAGAGAGGGCUGAAGUCCCUGAGGAGUUCGAUCGUUACCGCUACGAUCAGACCAUCAUUCACGUUCUACAGUCCGAAUGGUGGCGCCGCUCUUGGACGACCCAGGAGAUUCUCCUCGCAACAAAGGCAACCGUUGUGAUUGGAACUCAUCACAUAGACUGGGACGAGAUGUGUUUUGGUGGAAAUCAUGGCGUCAAUCUGGGAAUCUGGUCCACCCUCAAACUUGGGGUUACCCACGACACCAUCAUCACGCCCUAUCUAUCGCUACAACUGAUGGAGGCUACGUACCGCAACAGUACAGAAUCCCCUGCAAAGUUACUUUUGGAAUUGAUGAUUCAAUGCCAGUUUCGCGGCGCCAAAAAGCCGCAAGACAAGAUUUAUUCAUUAUUAGGGCUUGUCACCAAGACAAGCCCUUCAGGAAUAGACCAGGAACAGGCGCCGAAAACAAUCUCGCCCCUUGGUAUACGGCCUGAUUAUACACUGUCAGAGGGCAGUGUUUAUUCCAACUUCGCGUACCAAAUGAUGUACGAGACGGGAUCACUCGAUAUCCUCGGCGCUUGUGCAGCAGCGGCUACCCCGGAAUAUCUCGUUUCCAAUCUGAUACCAGACCGUCUAGAAAAGAUUGACCCUGAGGACACCCACUCAAGCCACCUCAAUCUACAACUUCCAUCGUGGGUUCCCGAUUGGAGCAUGGUCGAGACCACCGUGGUUCCACUGCUACACGAUGCACUUGGUCGGCCACGUAAGACGCACGCUGCGGCACAAAGCACAUACCAGCCGCACCUGCUUGAGGAGAAUGCUGACGGCCAACCGACAACCUUGCUGCUAGAAGCUCACGAGUUGACCGCGCUCAUCGAUCUGUCUGACCCGCUCAGAGAAUGUUUUAAUGGCAUAGCUCCGGGUUUGAAGCCGAAGAAGCUGAAAGAGAAGGAUGACCCUAACGACAAAGGCUUACAAAAAUUAGGCCGUGUACAGCGUGUUCUCUUGCAGUAUGAGUUUUUCAUGAGUAUGGUUUCACACCUGACCAUCUUUGCCGAAUGGGAAGAGUUCGCGCGUAAGACUCAACCAACCAACCCACGCCCAACCAGUACGAUGAGAUGGCUCACCAGGAACGCCAGCGUUCUGAGUCUUGGUCCCGGUCCUAUCACAGCCGCAGCAGCGGAGAUGGAGGAAGAGCCCGAGGACCGUCUAGCAAUCUACUGGCAGACGCUGUGUACCGGCACGUACCCGGACGAGGCCGAGGCCAGCACCGAAGCAAAGGGCCGAGGCUCCAAGAUCGCGGCGCAAAUAUCCUUCUACAAGUGGCGUGCGUCUCUGAAGCUGAUAAGAGAUCUCCACCGAUGGCAGGCGGAAAGCAAAUUGAGACCACUUGCGUUUUUGGGCUACAUCAUGAAGACGUGGAACAUGUACAGCGACUUCUUGCGGUUCCUCGACGGUAGCUACGGCCGCCGUCUCGCCCGCGGUGCCAACGGCUACCUGUGUCUGGUACCUGCGCAAGCUAUGGAGGGCGAUAUGGUGAUUCUUGCCAAGGGUGGGAGGGCGCCUCUGGUAAUCAGGCCUCAUGAAGCAAAUGCUGGGGCAGGCGAAUAUUGGCAGUUGGUGGGUGAGGCCUACGUGCAGGGCAUCAUGAAUGGCGAAGCCUGGAAUGAAACAAAGUGCCAGGCGUUCAAGAUUCGGUAA